AUGGCUGGUUAUAGUAGUAAUGAUGAGGAACCUCCAAAGGAAGAAAAGAAAAUCACUAGAUUAGAAGAUAUGCAAAGCCCAUUUGAUUAUAAAAGAUUUUUUCGUAAGUACACAAUCUUUGCUCCCUUUAUUCUUGUGUACUUUACCAUCAUGUUUUUUAUUAAUUCGACUGUACAAAAUGGUACAAUGUUAUUAAAUGCUAUAAAGGAGAAUGCCAACUCUAAACUUCCUGCUUUAUUAUGGAACAAAAUAAAAGGAAAAGGAAAGGAAAAUGAAGUAAAAUAUGAAGAUAAGAAAAUGAUAGAAGGUAGAAAAUCUGGCAGUGAAGAAGAAUACAAUAAACAUAAAAGAAGAAAAGUAGACAAUCAAGAAGAUGAUUAUGAUGUUAAUGAAUAUGGAAAUUUAAAAUACGGUGCUCCAUAUAAGAGUGAAGAAGAACUUGCAGAACAACAACAUUAUUAUGAUGAACAUCAUGCAGAUGAAUAUAAUGAAGAUGAUGAUGAUUAUGUAUACAAUAAUAGUGCAUAUCAUGGAAAAGGUAAAAAUGAAAAUCAAGAAAAGGAUCCAAAUGAAGAAGAAAGAGAAAAACAAGCAAAAAAAAAAGCGGAAGAAUUAGAAAAAAGAAAACAACUACAUGAAGAAGAAAGAAGAAAAGCUAAAGAAACACAACAAGCUUUACAUAAAAAAUUACAAGAACAAUUACAAAGAUUAAAAGAACAAGAAAAAAAUAAAGUUGAACACCAAAAGUUAAUACACAAAAUUAAAACACAAGGUAAUGUAGAUCCAGUAGUUCAAAGAGUACUUAACAAAUAUCAUCAAAAAGAAAAAGAUGAAGAACAACAAAUACUUAGAAUAAGAGACUUACAAGUACAAUUACGUCAUAUUCAACAAAAAAUCCAAAGUCUCAAAUAUAGUAAUAACGGUCAACCAAAAACAAAAGAUGAUUAUUUACUAUUAAAAGAUUUACAAAAAGAAUAUUAUGAUAAAGAACAGGAUGAACAAAAUAUGAUAGAACACUUAGAACAAUUACAAGGAGAAAUGCAAUACGUAUUUGAAGAAUUACAAAUCGUCUAUAAUGAAAACCAAGCAAAAACAGCUCAAGCAAACGAUGAACAACAUGAAUUAAAACCACAACAUGAAAAAGAUGCAUUGAAAUUAAAAGGAACAAGUGAAGCAACAACGGAAGUAAAAACACAAGAUGAAAAAGAUGCAUCAAAAGUAACAACAACAAAUGAUCAAACAAAGGAAGUAAAACCACAAGCGGAAAAAGAUGCAUCAAAAGUAACAACAACAAAUGAUCAAACAAAGGAAGUAAAACCACAAGCGGAAAAAGAUGCAUUAAAAACAACCAACACAAAUGACCAAACACAAGAAGUAAAACCUCAAGCUGAAAAAGAUGCAUCAAAACUAACAACAACAAAUGAACAAUCAAAAGAACUAAAAACUCAAGCUGAAAAAGACACAUUAACAAAAAAAGAAAAUCAAAAUAGUGAAUUACUUACUCAAACUGAAAAAGAUGCAUUAUCAAAAAAAGAAUCUGAAGCUCCAAAAGGUUUAUCAACAUCAGAUAAAAACACAACAGAAAACCAAUUAAAUGGAGAAGCUCAAUCAGAAGUAAAACCACAAUGGCAAAAAGACUCUUGGAAAUCAAAAAAUGAGUUACAAACAGAAACGAAUAAUACAUGGAAAAAAAAAACAGAAGAAUCACAAAAUACAGAAACUCAACAAGAAGUAAAAUCUCCAUAUGAAAAAUAUUCAUAUAAUAAAGAAUCUAAAACACAAAAUGAUAAAUACACUUUAAACAAAGAAGUAAAACCACAAAAUGAAAAAUAUUCAUAUAACCAAAAAGUUAAAGCUGAAAAUACUGAACCAGAAAAAUCAUUAUUAGAAAGUUCUGUAUUUAGUUAA